CUUCUUCUCUAUCUCUACGUCGUGUUCUAUAACGCCAAGGAUCGACACGUCGCCUUACACAGAGAAUUACGCAUUGAUCAAUUGAACCAGCCAUGGAUCACGACAUCAACAACGAUCCAAUCCCGGAUGAUGAAAUAGACAAUGUCGAAUUCAUUGAUUCAGAUCCGGACUCAGAUCUCGAAGACACAUCUGUGAGCAUUGGGUUAAACAAGACGGGCGAGCGCGGCAGCGGCUAUCAUACUCGCAACGACCCUUCCGCUCCAUACCAGAGACAAACGGUAACGGAACGUCGAGGAAUCAUCGAAGUCCGUUGCAAGUCUCGAGACGUUAUCCACGGGGUUCUCUCGGAAGAGACAGGAGAGAGUGCAACGCUUCUCGUCUAUGACUUCUAUCUCGACACAACUCGAAGGUCACGGCGAAUUGUGUCUGCCUCACUGGAAUUCGAGUUUGGGAACGCUGUUCCCGGAGUUCCGGCACCUCAAGUCCAUGCUAUUGCUCCUGCGGGUCGAGUGACUCUGCUGCCUACAACUCAAGAGGAGUCGGUCACUCAUGGAGCCGAGGUGAACGCUGGUGUGAGUGAAUUUGGCGCAAAUGCUGGCGGAACCGUCAAAUGGGAGAAGACUGUGAGCCGCACAACAAACGACGACGCCAGAGUGACGGGCCACAUCUUCAGCGAUGACUACGGCAAAGGCGUUGGCGCGAGCUGGGUUUUGCACGAGAAUCCCACGAUCAAGUCUGGCACGCCCAGUUUCUUACGUUGCGCUAUUCUGCUCAACCGCGGAUUUGACGACAACAGAUUCCAGUGCAAAGUGAGGAUCAAGGUGGAGGCAGAUUGGAAGUCGGAGAUGGGUCGGUUGUUUGGCUCAACACCACCAGAUGACCCCGUCUUGUUUGACCCCGAGAUGCCCCCCACCAACAAGCUAAGAAAAUACGACACGGAAAACCUGAGUUCCAUCGAUUUGGAUGAGUUUACGGAUAUCAUCUUCGACAAAAAACUGAAGAAGAAGGACGCGGCUUGAGGCAACCCGAGAAAAGGCGUCGAUGAUUACUGUUCACUUAUAAGCAGUAAGUAGUAUCAGCUAAGAUGUAUUACGUACAUGCACUAUGUAUUCCAUAUCUAGAGAGGUAUUUGCUAGGGCUACUAUUCUGUACUCCGUACUCCGCAGUUGAGUCCACCAUUACAAGUAGCAAUCAAGCUCCAUCAAAACUUGCGUCG